CCCCGCGUCCAGCAUCCCCGCUCCGGGGACCCGCGCCACCUACCUCCGCCCCGGGACCCAGGGCCCCGAGGUCCUAGGUCCACUGUGACUCUGCGUCCCGGACCCGACGCUGCAAAAGGAGAGGCGGGGAAAAGCCAGUUUCCAUAGAUUUCUCUACAGACCCAGUACAGUUGAGCCUCGCGAGGUCACACGUAGCAGGGGGGGGGGGGGGGGGUUGGAAAAGAAUGAAGAAAUUAAAGCUGAAGGAACUAGAGAGUCGCCUGCAACAAGUAGAUGGAUUCGAAAAGCCCAAGUUGCUACUAGAACAGUAUCCGACCCGGCCGCACAUUGCAGCGUGUAUGCUCUAUACAAUCCAUAAUACCUUUGAUGACAUUGAAAAUAAGAUGGUUGCAGAUCUAGGAUGUGGUUGUGGAGUGCUUAGCAUCGGAGCUGCAAUGUUAGGAGCAGGGUUAUGUGUUGGAUUUGACAUAGAUGAAGAUGCACUAGAAAUAUUUAAUAGGAAUCUGGAAGAGUUUGAGUUAACAAAUGUUGACAUGAUUCAGUGUGAUAUGUGCUCAUUAUCUAACAGAAUGUCUAAGUCAUUUGAUACAGUAAUUAUGAAUCCUCCCUUUGGAACCAAGAAUAAUAAAGGAACUGAUAUGGCAUUUCUGAAGACUGCUUUGGCAAUGGCAAAAAAUGCAGUAUAUUCUUUACACAAAUCUUCAACUCGAGAGCAUAUUCAAAAGAAAGCUGCAGAAUGGAAAAUCAAGAUAGACAUUAUUGCAGAGCUUCGAUAUGACUUGCCAGCAUCAUAUAAAUUUCAUAAAAAAAAAUCAGUGGACAUUGAAGUGGACUUAAUUCGGUUUUCUUUCUAAAAGUCUUUAAACAGAAGCCACAUAAUUACUAAUAAAAGUGAUUUUUUAAAAUUUUUGGUUAUUGAAACUACUGGUCCCCAG